AUGAACGAAGAAAAGAGACAAUGUUACCAUGGAGAAAUAGGCUGCGCCAACUGUGAGCGUCGUCGAAUUCGAUGCGAUCGACGGCAACCCCAUUGCGCCAAGUGUGACAAGAAAAGAAUCUCAUGCCCUGGCUAUGACCGCCAACUUCGAUGGGUGGAAGGGGUUGCCGCAAGGGGACAUCUGCGGGGCCGAACGAUCCCGACGAGGCCGUCAUCUGAAGAUAAGACAGCAUUUCGAGAAGAUGACUCGAAGGACAUCUGCUCUGAAAGCUCCAUGCUGGGCAAAAGGAAAGAAUUCAUGACUUCGGUUGCUAUACUGAAUACGCCGAUCGCCCAACUAUCUCAACCUUGCGACUAUCCCGACUCCCUGACAAGGGUGUUCACGGACUAUUACAGAAGGAACUUGGCCGGUCUGAUGGUAUGGAUGGACUCAGAUGAGAAUCAUUACCUUGUGCCCCUUGCCACGAAUCAACCAGCAAUCGGCUUCGCUAUCAUGGCUUUCGCGGCUCAACACGGCGCCAUGGCCUUGCCUGAUGAGUCCGUCGAGCAUGCUCGCGACAGAUGCCUGCAUCUGAUACAAACCCGCGCUCAGGAUAUGACGGCACGGCUCAUCGAGGGCGAUGACUUGGGCAAUCAUGGCGACUUGGCUGAUGCAGAAUGGAUGCUAGCCUCGAUUCUGAUCAUGUGCAACUACGAGAAUGUCCGCCGCCGCCUUGAAAUCGCCGAUGAUCACAGACGCGCAGCUAGAACGAUUGUCAACCUUUUCAAAGGCCAGAACUCCAUCAACAACCGAGACUUGUUUGCUUUCUUGAGAAACCAAUUGGCCAUCGAUGAUGUACUGGCAGCUACCACAUCGUGUGACCUGCCCCUCAUUCGGAACGCCGUCACACCGGCACCCGGCUCAGAUCAUCUGCUGUUCUCGAGGUAUCUGACUUUCUUGCACCGCGUCACGCUCGUGUCUACGGAUGCUGUAGAGUCUCAUCGUUCAAUCUCACGCUUCAAUAGCGGCCUCACGAUGACUCUCAUCCGAUCCGAGUUUGAGCAGGCAAGAGGCGCCACGCUGAUGGCGGCCGGACGACUCGGGCUGGCAGGAUCAAGCAUGUCUCGUGAUUUCAUAUGUUUAGUCGAGGUUUAUCAUAGCGCAGGGCUGCUUUACUCGAUAAGAUGCCUUGACUACGCCAUCGAGCACGCAUCAGAGCGCAUUGUGGCCGUUGCCAGUCUGUUCGACCAAUUGGCUGCAUUCGAAAACCAAGCUGCCUUCAUUCAGAAUCUAGCCUGGCCAACGUUCAUUGCCGGUACCGAAUGCCAUGGAGAUCCGGAUCGACAAGAAACUAUUGCGGGCUUGCUCACGGCGAUCCAUGAGGGCACACGUUUCAGCUACUACUUGGACGCGGUGAAUUUUCUCAAGGAGUUUUGGGCCGGAGAAAACGACGACUGGCGUCCUCUCGCUCGAAUGAGAGAAGCCAUAGGGCAGCGAGUCCUUGUGGUAUGA